AUGUCAGUUUCUGUCCUUGCUAGACAGCAUACCAUAUGGGCCACUGAAUGUUCCAGCCAAAGUAGCCAUCCAUUGCCUCCUCCCACUUUGCCGAUCAAGACAUCUCCAGAAAAGGUUAGAAGAGGAAUUCUGCCGAUUCCAAUGUCUGAGAGUGAAAUAUUAUCAUCUCCGCAUUUGAAGGCCUUCACUUUCAAUGAGCUUAGCAAUGCUGCGAGAAACUUCCGACCCAGCAGUCUUCUUGGGGAAGGUGGCUUUGGUUUUGUCUACAAAGGAUGGCUGGACAAAGAAACCCUGACUGCUGGGAGACCAGGAUCAGGAAUUGUAGUUGCAGUGAAGAAGCUUAAACCUCAUGGUUUCCAGGGCCAUAAGGAGUGGCUGUCAGAAGUAAAUUAUCUUGGCCGACUCCAUCAUCCAAAUCUGGUCAAACUUAUUGGCUACUGUUUGGAAGAGGGCGCCCAACCUCUGUCUUGGGCAACAAGGAUUAAAGUUGCCAUAGGUGCUGCUCGAGGGCUCUCAUUUCUGCAUGACUCUGAAUCACAAGUCAUAUACCGUGACUUUAAAGCUUCUAACGUCCUGUUAGAUGCGGAAUUCAAUGCAAAGCUUUCAGACUUUGGUUUGGCAAAAGCUGGUCCAACAGGUGAUCUGACUCAUGUAUCUACCCAGGUUAUGGGUACUCAGGGCUAUGCUGCCCCUGAAUAUGUUGCUACAGGUCGGCUGACUGCAAAGUGUGAUGUCUAUAGCUUUGGAGUUGUGUUGUUGGAGCUGCUUACAGGGCACCGUGCUUUUGAUGAAACUAGGGUUAGUGCAGAGCAGAAACUGGUCGAUUGGGUAAGGCCCCAGUUGCGUGACAAGCGCAAGUUAUACCGAAUCAUGGACACGAAGUUGGAGGCCCAGUACCCUCGAAAAGGAGCUUAUGUGGCAGCCACUCUUGCAUUACAUUGUGUAAACAUUGAUGCCAGAGCUCGGCCUCCUAUGGCUGAUGUCUUAGCUAUUUUGGAAAAGCUUCCAUCCCCGAAAUUUAUGGCCAUACAUUCCCCUUCAGAGCAAAAAAACGAAGUCUAG